AUGUCGCUCGUUAAGGUUGGAAUUAUUGGAGGUUCUGGAUUCAACGAUCCAGAUUUAUUACAAGAAGCAAAAGUGCGAACAGUAACUACUCCAUUCGGAAAUCCAUCAAGUGUUCUUACUGAAGGUUUUGUUGAAGGUGUCCCGUGUGUUGUGCUUCCCAGGCAUGGGAAGGAACAUUUACUUCCGCCAAGCGAAAUCAAUUAUCGGGCCAACAUUUGGGCGUUAAAAGAACUUGGGUGUACUCAUAUAUUGGCCACUAACGCUUGUGGUAGUCUUCAGAAAGACAAAAAACCUGGUGAUUUUGUUAUUCCUAACCAGUUUUACGAUAAUACUCGGAAUCGAGAGCUUACGUUUUAUGGAAGUGGCCCUGGUUCACUGAAAGGAGUCUUACAUAUACCGAUGGCAGACCCAUUUUGUGAAGAAACACGUCAGGUUUUAAUCAAAGCAGCUAAAUGUCUAUCACUGACUAUUCGUGAUAAAACGUGUAGUUCAGAUGCAAUUAGCAAUCAUCCGUGUGUACAUACUGAAGGUUCUGUAAUUACUAUUAAUGGUCCACGUUUUUCAACUCGUUGCGAAUCAUUGUUAUUUCAAAAAUGGGGUUUCGAUUUGAUUAAUAUGACAUUAGUUCCUGAAGUUUCAUUGGCUCGUGAAGCUGGUUUAAGUUAUGCUUCUAUAGCAAUUGUUACAGAUUUUGAUUGUUGGAAAGCAGAUAAGGAACAUGUCUGUGUUGAUAUGGUUUUGGAACAGUUUAAUAAAAGUGUUGGUCAAGUUAGAAAAAUCUUAUUAGAAGCUGUGAGAUUGAUUGGUGCUCGUGACUGGACAAAAACUAUUGAAGCAAAUAAGGCGCUAGUGUUGAGCUCACGUCAAGACUUACUUCAUCAAGAAAGUGAAGGCAAAUAA